GUGGCAGUGCUCCCUCCCUUGCGUAGCCUCACUGUGCUUCUUAAAGAUUUCUAAUUCGCAGGAAGCAACUGCAGGCUGGGAGCACCACCCCCAACAUGCUACUGACUUGCCUUCUCCCUUCCCGUCUCCACUCCAGUUGCUGUCCCCAUUGACGAUGAUGACAAGAUUGUUGGGGGCUACACCUGUAAGGAGAAUUCUGUCCCCUACCAGGUGUUCCUGUAUUCUGGCUACCACUUCUGUGGUGGCGCCCUCAUCUGUGAACAAUGGCCGCAUCCAGGUGAUACUGGGAGAGCACAACAUCAAUGUCCUUGAGGGGACUGAGCAGUUCAUCAGCGCAGACAAGAUCAUCUGCCACCCUGAAUACAACCCAACAACUCUGGACAAUGACAUCAUGCUGAUCAAGCUCUCCACACCUGCCGUCAUCAAUGACUACGUGUCCAUCAUCCCUCUGCCCACCCACCCUCCAGUUCCCUGCACUGAGUGCCUCAUCUCUGGUUGGGGCAACACUUUGAGCUAUGGUGGUGCGUGGCUCCCUUUGUCCUUCUACUUCCCUCCAUCCUCACAAUUUCCAGAACGAACCAUGCCCCUUAACUUAAAUCCACUUGCCUCCGGGCUUAAGACACAUUUCUAGUGGCCAUUACACACAGGUUCUGUACUGGGCACCAGAGGAUGCAAAGUCUCAAGGACUUGGCUCCUAAAAUCGAGAGACAGGACAAAUGGAGAACGUGCUGUGAUUACAUGUUGGAAGGGGUUCAACAAUGAUCA